AUGUCGCUCAAUGGCAUCAAAGUUAUAGAAUUUGCAGGCCUCGCACCGGGUCCAUUCGCAGGUCUGGUACUUGCCCACAACGGAGCAUCCGUUAUCCGCAUCGAUCGCCCUUCCUCAACUAAUGGGGAUUUGCUUUCUGUGGGAAAGCGGUCGAUCGCGUUGGACCUGAAGACUGUGAGCGGACUGCGAGUCGCGAAGGAUCUCAUCGCUAAAGCAGAGUGCCAACUGUUUCAUACAAGUGACAAGCGGGAAGGUCUGAAUGACAGACUUAUAUAUGCAAGGCUUGCAGGGUUCCCAAGAAAUGGUCAUGAUAUCAAUUAUAUCGCCCUUAGCGGUAUUCUCUCCAUGCUUCCAGGAACAAUAGACGAGCCCACCUUUCCUUUGAAUCUAAUUGCUGACUUUGCCGGAGGAGGCCUACUUUGUGCGAAUGGUAUAUUGCUGGCUAUAACCGAGCGAGUCGUGAAUGUGGACAUGGUCUCUGGUUCGCGCUAUAUAUCGUCUUUUCCACUUAUAAGUGCUGGGAGCGGUGCUUGGGCAGGACCGCGAGGCACGAAUGUCCUUGACGGUGGUGCACCGUUCUACGAUGUUUACACCUGCUCAGACGGAAAAUGGAUGAGCAUAGGGUGUCUUGAGCCCCAGUUCUUUGCGCAAUUUAUUGACAAAUUCAACGAGGUCAUAAAAUCCAGUGGAAAUCAAGGGAGCUGGCUACCGUCGCGGUCGAUGCAGUAUAAAAAGGAAGAAUGGCCCAAACUUCGCAAGUAUCUCGAAGACGGGUUCAGAACACAGCCAAGAGACUUCUGGACGGAUGUUUUCCACGGCACUGACGCUUGUGCAGUUCCAGUCCUGUCUCCCGCAGAAGCAGCUCAGCUCCACGGAUCUCUCUACCCUAUGCCUCAUCCGGAGUUCAGCAGAACAUCACCAUCAUCACUUCCACAAAAUGAAAUCAAAACACUGGAUCCAGGGAAACACACUGCAGACAUUCUCAGAGAACUCGGAUUGUCUGAAAAGGACAUGAGGCAACUUGUCACUGAGGGAGCAUUGGGUAAAGAAGCACGAGAACUAGAACGUCCCAAAUCGAGAUUAUGA